AUGCAGGAAUUCGCUAGGCAAACAGGGUUUAAACUUUUGACUUCGACACCUUAUUAUGCACAAGCAAAUGGUCAAGUAGAAGCUGCCAAUAAAAUUAUUAUUGGAUUAAUCAGAAAACACAUUGCUCAAAAGCCAAGAAAUUGGAACAAGACUUUAAAUCAAGUCUUAUGGGCAUGUAGAAAUUCCCCUAAAGAAUCAACAAACUCUAAUCCAUUUCGAUUAACAUAUGGUCAUGAUGUCGUGUUACCAGUGGAAAUUUAUUUGCAAUCUAUCAGAAUUCAAAGGCAAAUGGAGAUACCAAUUGAUCACUAUUGGAGUAUGAUGUUUGAUGAAUUGGUUGAUUUAGACGAAGAAAGGCUAAGAGCGCUUGAUACUUUAAGUAUGCAAAAAGAAAGAGUAGCAAAGGCCUAUAAUAAGAAGGUUAAAUCAAAAACCUUUGAAGUGGGGAAUUUAGUUUGGAAAGUUAUUUUGCCUAUGGACAAAAAAGAUAGAGUUUUAGGCAAAUGGUCUCCAAAUUGGGAAGGACCUUUUAAAAUAAUACAAGUAUUUUCGAAUGGUGCAUAUGAAAUAGAAGAAUUAACUUCAGAAAAGCGAACGUUGAAUAUAAAUGGUAAGUAUUUGAAAAAAUAUAAACCAACGCUUUUAGAAGUUAAUAUUAGCACGGAAUAA